AUGGAAUGCGGCUGGGGCAUCUCUGCGCUUCAGGCGCGCCCCCACGGGGUCCCCGAGGAGCUGCGCUCCCUCCUCCGCCCGAGCUCCAAUCGCGACUUUCUUGCUGACCUUGCCCGCGAGGCGCUGAACCCGCGCCACACCGGUUACCUGCUCAUCCUUUUCGAGCCGUUGUUCGUCGAAGUCCGCGCGCUUUGGGCCACCUCGUAUCCGCCCGUCGACAUCAUACCCGCCUAUGCCCGCAUAUUACAGCUUGCGCCCUACCUCUCAGACGUUGCUGAGACUGUUCUCUCUCGUGGAGCAGCCGACAUCGCCUCGGCUUUGCAGUAUGAUGCCUCCCAGGCGUCAGAUGCAGCCGCGGACGAACGCUUGGUCGACCUUCUCCUCGGACUAUUCCGCCUUCUCGUGUGCGACAACGAGACCUUCGGCCGGUCCAUCCAACCGCUAUCUCUUCAGUCGUUGCUGGCACACCCAAAGCGCCCCGUCCGAUACCUAGCCAUUCGCUGCCUUUGUCUGUAUCUGCAUGCCGCGGAUGCGGCGCAGGAGGGAAUGAUGACCAGAUACAUCGGUGAAAAACCCGUCAGUGGUAUCUGGGAAGGCAAGAUGAUUGACUACCGGUUCCUGAGUCUGUGGGAAGAGAAGCGGUAUGCGGAGGCGAAGAGAAAGCUUGUGGAGGCGCGCUCGGCGCGCGAGGCGUACCUUCAGUCUCCGCAGAUUAGCAGAAUAAUCACGCAGAGGGACCUCGGCCCUCAUACCGCUGAAGUCCAUGGCGUUUUGCUUCCCCGAUCAAACGCUCCUUCCACCGCGGACGGCGUUCAGCUGAUUCCGACUGGAACGACCGUGCGGAACCUCACUUCUGUGGCGAGAAGCUUGAAUGGUGACAAGCCUGUCAUGUUGACCGGCCUUGCUGGUUCUGGCAAAACACUGAUAAUCCGCCAUCUUGCGCGGGAACUGAACAAACUUGAGUCCAUGGUGACGCUCCAUCUCAAUGAGCAGAGUGACGCCAAACUCCUCAUUGGCAUGUACACGACCGGAAGCACCCCCGGAACGUUCACCUGGAGACCUGGCGUCCUCACUACCGCCGUAAGGGAAGGUCGCUGGGUAUUGAUUGAGGAUCUGGACCGUGCACCGAACGAUGUAAUAAGCACGCUUUUGCCUCUUAUUGAAUCUGGAGAGCUUCUCAUUCCCAGUAGAGGUGAAGUCGUUCGUGCCGCACGUGGCUUCAAGAUCAUCGCAACGCUCCGGACAACUCUGAACCUUCGCGGCGAGCAAAUCGUCCCAGGUGCUGGAAUGAUCGGAACACGCUUUUGGGAGCGCAUCAGCAUUGAGACGCCCCGCGAGGGAGAACUGGGAGAGAUUGUCCAGCGCGCGUUCUCCAACAUCCCGGAAGCUCUGGUACCCCAGAUCAUGAGCGUCUACGGCAGCCUCCAGGCUUUGUCAAAAGAAAAGAUAUUCACGGCCAGCAGGUCUGGCAUGAUUCGGCCUGUUACCUCGCGCGACUUAUUCAAGUGGUGCAGUCGCAUUAACCCUCACAACCUGGACGAUAUGUUUCUCGAAGCAGUCGAUUGUCUUGCUGGAAGCCUGGAAAAUGGCCAAGUCCGGGAGUUGAUUGUUGCGUGCAUCGCCCGAGAAUUGCAUGUCGAUCCACAGAAGAGAGACCAUCUUCUUUUGCAGCGCACAAUCGCGUACAAGACUGACGACGCCGCCCAAGUCACUAUCGGCCGGACUACGGUGAAGAGGUCUCAACGCAAGAGGCGCGCCGACCGAAGGCCAUUCGCUGCGAACGAUCAUACUCGUCGUCUGCUGGAGAGAAUUUCGGUUGCCGUAAAUCACCGGGAACCACUUUUGCUGGUCGGUGAGACCGGCACCGGCAAGACCACCGCUAUCCAGCACCUUGCGACCGAGCUUGGCCGGAGAAUGGAGGUGUUCAACUUGUCGCAACAAAGCGAAAGUGGAGACUUGCUAGGUGGCUUCAAGCCUGUCAACCUCCGUAGCAUCAUGGUGCCAAUGAAAGACCGCUUCGACGAUCUCUUCCUGUCCACGUUCUCCCAAGACAAGAAUCGCCUCUUUCUCAACCAGCUGAACGAGCACAUGUCGAAGGGCCGCUGGAAGGCUGUCUGCAAAUUCUGGCAGAAGGCCCUCCGCAUGGUGGACGACGCAGUCAAGGCUUCACGACCCGACCCGGCACCGCAAACCGAUGAAAAUGACCAGCCGAAGAAGAAAAAGCGCAAGGUUGAAAAGCAACCCAAGCUACCUGCCUCCUUUUCGCAGUCCGAAUGGGACGCUUUUGCCAACGACCUCAAGCUCGUGGAGUCCCAGAUCGCCAACAAGUCGAGUGCCUUCGCUUUCAAGUUUGUAGAGGGCAACAUCGUCAAGGCCGUCAGAAACGGUGAUUGGGUUCUCCUCGACGAAAUCAAUUUGGCAGCGCCAGACACCCUCGAAGCGCUGGCUGAUCUGCUCACUGGCGGUUCUGGAGGCACGCCUUCCAUUCUUCUGACUGAGACCGGUAAUGUGGAAAGAAUCGAAGCCCAUCCCAACUUCCGCGUCUUCGCAGCCAUGAAUCCUGCGACGGAUGUUGGAAAGAAGGACCUUCCAAUGGGUAUCCGUUCCCGGUUCACGGAGCUGUACGUCGAAAGCCCAGACCGCGACUUCAAGAGCCUGCAGAGCGUGGUGGAGACCUAUCUUGACCAAUACCUGCACAAGGACCGGAAGAUCUCCGCAGAUGUUGCCAAUUUGUACCUGCACAUCCAAGCCUUGAAUGCAGAGAACAGAUUGGUAGACGGCGCGAACCAGAAGCCUCACUUCAGUUUGCGUACGCUCACUCGGACAUUGGUCUACUCCUUGGACACGGCUCCACUUCAUUCGCUUCGGAGAGCUCUGUACGAAGGAUUCUGCAUGAGCUUUUUGACGUUCCUUGACAAGUCUUCUGAGGAUCUUGUUGCCGAGGCGGUUGUCAAAUAUCUCAAGCCUCAACUCGGCUCGCCCCUCCAGAAACCUGCCGAGAAAGAACGGGAUUACGUUCAGAUCCGCCGGGAUGAUGGUCGGAGAAACCAUGACCUGAAAAAGAAGGGUAUCAGCAAAUCGGUGGAUGAUGCCAACUUCGAAAAGUGGCUCGACGGAGCAGGCAAGGACCCGCAGUGGCUUCGUCGGGGCAGAUUUGAGUCGUCCGAGGAAGAGCACUACAUCAUUACCAACUUCGUCUGGCGCAACCUCACGAACCUUAUUCGGGCCGCCUCUACUCGUCGGUUCCCGGUGCUCAUUCAGGGUCCCACCUCUGCCGGCAAAACGAGUAUGAUUGAGUACCUUGCAAAGAGGUCCGGCAACAAGUUUGUGCGUAUCAACAACCACGAACACACCGAUUUGCAGGAGUACUUGGGUACGUACGUCUCUGGCAAUGAUGGCAAGCUCCAGUUCCAGGAAGGCAUCCUUGUCAAAGCUCUGCGUGAAGGCCACUGGAUUGUUCUGGACGAGCUGAACCUUGCUCCGACCGAUGUUUUGGAAGCCCUGAACCGCUUGCUCGACGACAAUAGGGAGCUUCUCAUUCCUGAAACCCAGGAGAUAGUUCGGCCUCACGAGGAUUUCAUGCUGUUCGCCACGCAGAACCCGGCUGGUCUUUAUGGUGGAAGAAAGACUCUUUCGCGCGCCUUCCGCAACCGUUUCCUCGAACUGCACUUCGACGACAUACCUGUCAAUGAACUGAAGUACAUCCUGGAACGGCGAACACAGCUUCCCCGGUCAUGGUGUGAGCACAUCGUCAGCGUGUACAGAGAGCUUUCGAUUCUCCGGCAAUCCAGUCGUCUUUUCGAGUCCAAGAGUUUCGCCACUCUGCGUGAUCUCUUCCGGUGGGCGAUGCGGGCACCUGAGACGUCGCAGCAGCUGGCUGAGCAGGGCUACAUGCUUCUUGCUGAGCGUGUACGCAAGGCGGAAGAGCGUCUGGCUGUCAAGCAAAUCAUCGAGAAGGUCAUCAAGCAAACCAAGAUCGACGAGGACGUGCUUUACUCCGCCGAACGAUCCCCAGAGAUGCGCUUAUACCAGGACAAUGUGUCUUCCGACGGUGUUGUUUGGACGCGCGCAAUGCGCCGGCUGUACGCUCUGGUGGCCAAUGCCCUCCGCCACAAUGAACCUGUUUUGCUGGUGGGUGAAACCGGCUGCGGUAAGACAACGGUCUGUCAGAUGCUCGCGGAUGCUUUUGCGAAACAGCUCUUCAUUGUCAAUGCUCACCAGAACACUGAGACUGGAGAUCUCAUCGGUGCUCAAAGACCGAUCCGCAACCGCGCGUUCCUGGAACAAGAGCUUGCCAAGGACCUUGGUGAGCUUCUUGUGGAGGCUGGAACAGAAUUCGAAACUCCAGCUCCCUCCUUGGCCGACUUGUUGGUUCUUUACGACAAGCUCGUCAAGGAGCAACCGGAGCGCGUCAGCAGCGAGUCUCGACAGAACGUUCACGCUCAACGCGUCAAGCUUUCAUCUCUGUUCGAAUGGGCAGACGGGAGUCUCGUGACCGCAAUGAAGACGGGGCAGUACUUCCUGCUCGACGAAAUCUCGCUUGCUGAUGACUCGGUCUUGGAAAGAUUGAACAGUGUGCUUGAGUCGUCUCGCACUAUUCUUCUCGCAGAAAAAGGUCCGACGGAUUCCAACGUAAACGCUUCAGAUGGCUUCCAGUUCCUGGCGACGAUGAAUCCGGGUGGUGACUACGGCAAGAAGGAGCUUUCCCCGGCCCUGCGGAAUCGUUUCACGGAGAUCUACGUCCCCGCUUUAUCUGAUCUGGAAGACAUCACCCAGAUUGUGAAGGCCAAGCUCAUGCCAUCGGCAGUAGACUAUGCCCCCACAAUCGUCAACUUCUCGCAGUGGUUCAACGAAAAGUUCAACACGUCUGCUGCAUCAUCGAUCUCCAUCCGUGAUACACUUGCGUGGGUCCAUUUCAUCAACCGCUGCGGUGUUACGGAUCCAGUUUUCGGAGUCGUCCAUGGAGCAGCAAUGGUUUUCAUCGACACGCUCGGAGCGAAUCCCGCGGCACUACUUGCCAUCUCCGCAACCAACAUAGACAGUGAGCGCGCCGCCUGCCUCGAGAAGCUCAGCGAGCUCGUAGAUGCAGACGCAAAGGCCAUUUACUUUGCUCCCGCAGCCAUUGGCACUUCCGACUCGAUGUUGUCCGUUGGCGACUUCGCCGUUCCACGCAUCGGCAAGGCUGUCUCGGAUCCGUCGUUUUCCAUGGCUGCGCCAACCACCAAGUCCAAUGCCAUGAGAGUGCUUCGCGCACUGCAGUUGCCGAAACCGAUUCUCCUGGAAGGUAACCCCGGUGUCGGUAAGACAACUCUUGUCACUGCCAUCUCCAAGGCCGUUGGCGUGCCUCUCACUCGUAUCAACCUGUCUGAGCAAACGGAUCUCAUGGACUUGUUCGGAUCCGAUGUGCCCGUAGAGGGAGCUCAGGCGGGCACGUUUGCUUGGAAAGACGCGCCUUUCUUGAAGGCCAUGAAGAAUGGAGAGUGGGUUCUGCUUGAUGAGAUGAACUUGGCUUCGCAGUCUGUACUCGAAGGUCUCAACGCCUGUCUCGACCACCGUGGGGAAGUCUACAUCUCUGAGUUGGAUCAGACCUUCCAUCAGAACCCUGGCUUCAGAGUGUUUGCGGCGCAAAACCCUCACCAUCAAGGAGGUGGUAGGAAGGGUCUUCCAGCUUCCUUCGUCAACCGUUUCACCGUGGUUUAUGCCGACGUUUUCAGACUCGAGGAUCUGAUCACUAUUUGCAAGCAAAAUUUCCCCAAUACUACCGAGAGAGACAUCGAGACUCUCACGGGAUUCAUCUCGGAGCUGGAUUCACAAGUGGCCAACCGGAGGUUUGGAGCGCUCGGCGGCCCCUGGGAGUUCAAUCUGAGAGACACACUGCGAUGGUUGCAGCUACUCACUUCCCAGGAUGGCCUACUUCCAGAUGGUGCGACGAGUGAUUUCCUCGACACCGUCAUUACCCAGCGCUUCAGAUCGGAACAUGAUCGGAAAUGCGUUAUCGCCUUGUUCGAGAAAGCCACCAAAUCAACCGUCCAAGAGCGAAGUUAUUUCCACAACGUGGGCAAAAAUCACAUCCAGGUAGGACUUGGACUACUCCGACGAGAAACCUUUCUACAGCCUCUUCCAUCCAGACAUGAACCGAGGAAGUCUCAGCUUGCGGUCAUGGAAUCGAUGAUGAUCGCGGUUCAGCUCAAGUGGCCCGUCAUCCUUGUCGGGCCGCCGGCCUCUGGAAAGAGUAGCCUCAUCAAGCAACUCGCCUCCUCUGUUGGCGCCGAGCUGGUCACGUCUUCCAUGAAUGCUGAUAUCGAUGCCAUGGAUCUUGUCGGUGGGUAUGAGCAGGUCGAUCCCUCCCGACAGGUGCUCUCCUUCCUCGAAGAGCUCCGUCAAUUUUCGCGUUCGUGUGCCGUUGAAGUUCAGGUCCAAGGAGCCACUGAGACUGCAUCUCUUUUCCUCCGUCUCGCCCGCCUUGCUUCUCCAGUCGACCUUUCCCAAAUCUCCUUCGAUACCAUUCAUCAGGUACUGGCACAGAUUAAAACACAAGAUCGCCGUCAGGUGGUCAUAGAACUAACUGCAGAAGCCAAAGCCCUCGCAGAGAAAUCUAUUGUUGUUGACCAAGCGAGGUUCCAGUGGGUCGAUGGCCUUCUUGUUCAAGCUUUGGAGCAAGGAAAGUGGCUUGUCCUAGAUAAUGCUAAUCUCUGCAGCUCUUCCGUCCUCGACAGGCUCAAUGGCCUGCUUGAGCCCAAGGGACGUUUGAUCAUUAACGAACACUCGACAGCUGAUGGCGAGGCCCGAAUUGUCAGGCCGCACCCCGACUUCCGCAUAUUUAUGACGAUGGACGCGCGUCAUGGAGAGCUUUCCCGCGCCAUGAGAAACAGAGCCGUUGAGCUUUUCUUGCUUCCUACAUCAGAUGAAGAUGCCGGCGGCGAUGAUCGCCUCAAUGCGUUCGCUUCUGAAUCAGCCAUGUAUAGGUUCCGCCAUGUUGACGUGCUGGCUCGUACCCAGUAUGAUCACGUAUCCGCCGAUUCCCUUGUAGCUGCUUCGCUGGACCAUUUGUCCGUGGAAGAUUCAACUCGCCUUACAAGCUUUUGUGAACAGCUUUUCCACGAAUUGUUCAAUCAGCCUAUGGACGUUCGACUAGAAGAAUCUCUUGAAGCAAAUGUGGACUUCUUCUCUCUAAUUCCAUCGGAGUGGCUUUCUAGGGCAUCGGAGUUGAUUUCCGGCUUCGCGACUCAUCUUGGGCUCGGUCAAUAUUUCGAACAUGCGCAGACAAUUCAUCCUUUGAACAACCAAUCCCUCGUCCUGUUCAGCAGAGCUGCCCAUUCCGGCCACGUUUCCAACGAUGCGUACAUGCUCGGAGGAUUGCUCGAUCUCUGUAGGGAUCUCAAAAAGAUGCAGACUCUGCUCCAACAGGUUGCCUACCAGGCCGGCAAAGUCAAGAUCAGGGAUCGUACGAGGCUGGGUAGGAGUUUGGUGCCGUCAAAGGCUGCGUCCAAGUCGAGCAAAGACCCGUUCGUGGGUGUGGGCCCGUUCUUGCAGUCCGUGUCCGACACGCUCGCGGUGUGGGUGCUCGAGGUCCUGCAGGAUGGCUUCGUCGAUGAGCUAGUGCUCAGCUCGAUCAAACCCAUCCGCCAAUUCUGGUUCGAUCUUUCCAACCUCACGAAUGCCAUGGUCGUCGAGGACGCCGUGUUCCAGGUCUGCCUCGCCAUCGGACACCAGGUCUUCUCGCAACUGCUCUCCAUCCAAGAACCCAGGUUGGCCGGACUUCAGGAGAAACUGGCAAAGAGUCUCGCUUCUCUCAAACUUGAAAGUCAGCUAUCGACCGGCUUGAGCAUGGAACUGCUCUGGAACCGGUUCAAACCUCAUACUCCAUCCACGUACGAUGGCCUCCUCAAACUGCUCCAGCUUGAGGCUUUGGCGGACCGCUUGGACGCCUCCGUUUGGCUUACCGAUGCGCCGCUGGCCGAUUUGGCCCGUGUGCGGUCAACUCUGGCUGGCGCGAUGCAGAUUGCACGCACCCAGAAUGUUGAAGUCGGCGAGCUGAUUGGCGAGCUGGAAGUGGCCAUCGACGAUGUGGAGAAGGGAGUCAGAGAGGGAAAGGAGAUGGUCAGGCCGUGGUUCGCAGAGGCUUUCGAGGGCAUCUGCCAGUUCUCUGAUGUGGCGCAGCUCGUGGGAGAGUCGAAGGAUUAUUCCACCACGCCCACUCUGACGCUCUUGGCGCAGAGACCGACGAGGGCCACGCCGUUGGCGGCUCAGAGCUUUGGCGAGGCGCUGCUCGGCAGGAUGUCGACGUACCUUGGAGCGUACGGAGAUGUUGGGCCCGUUGCGCUGAGGGGUGGAUACCAUGUCAAGUUGUUGAAGGACGUGGUCGAUCUCGAAGGCGCGAAUUUGGCGCAGAUGGAUCUGCUGAGGUCUGAGAUCGACGUCCUUGGUCAGUCUCUUGUUGAUCGUUCUGGUGAUCUCCUGCAAGACCAGACGUCGCUUCUUGCCGGAUUGCAUCAGCGUAUUCUCAACGAGCUUGUUCAUGCACACUCGGGACUCUUGGACCACGAAAAGAUGACAGCCAACGCUAUCGUCUUACGAGAUGAUCUGCCGGAUGAUCACUACUUCCGCACUGGUCUCAAGCUCCUUCAGCGUAGUCUUGAGUAUGCCGCCCCCCCAGAAGCGAGCAGUGUCAAUGCUGGUCAAGCUUGGAUCAGCCUCGCCAUCGCCUUCCUCUGGCUCUACGUUCCCGACAGGCCUUUCGAUCCCGCCCUCCGCCCGUUAGUCGAGCGCAACCUCUUCGGCACCCACCGCGACGGGCUUACCGCCAGCCUCGUUGCGCUCCGCCACUUCGAAAAGGCGUUUACUGGCCGCGCUGACAACUUGCGCACACAACUCAUCGAGCAGGACAUCGCGGCAAUGGGCACUGAACCGUCAGUUCCGGCAAUUGCGAGACCGCCCCAGUCGGAGCUCGCGCAACUGUCGGGCGAAUUCGGUAAUUUGUUGAGGGUUUUGGAUGGCUUGGUGAGGGCAGUCGACGCAGGUGAGACGGGCGCGCUGCGUGAUGCGACGCUGGAGAUGAACAUCCAGCAGAUUGUCAAGAGGCUGUCUGAAGGAUACCGCGGCUAUGACGAUAUCACCGCGCCGGUCAUUACGUUCUUGCACUGCCUGAGGGUCGGAGUCAUCCUUGCUGCCGGCAGCGAUGGCGCCGACUCUGGCGUUGAGGUCUUUGACUACGUUUCGGCGCAUACACCGUUCUUUGGAGGCAACGCCGGUGCAUUGGUGCCUGCGCCUCACGCUGUUGCCUUCGGGAAGACCAACCCCGUGGAUCUCCGCUGGCACGCCCUAAGCGCUCUUGCGGUCAAGUUGAGCGUCCAGCCGCAGAAGACGCCUUCGAUCAACGACCGGAACCUGAUACACGACAUCUUCCGCAGUUUCUACGAGCAGUGGAAGGAGAAGCUCGAGGCCGACCAAGAAAAGGCUGCGGAGCAGUCUGGCCUUUACCGGUUCAAGGGCAGUCUGGACGUCGAAGAGGAGGCCACCGAGGCAGAACUGCAGAGCCUGUUCCCCGAUUUCGACCAGCAGGAUGACAAUGCUGAGAAGGGCCCCGCUGCACCGCUUGAGUCGCCGCAAGAAUUGGCGCGAAGACUGGCAGUUUGCCACGCCGACAUAUUCGUCAAUCGCCAAAAUCCCACGGAGAGGAUCAAAGCUUUGAUCGAGCAGUCUACGGAAUUUGUCAGCAAGAUUGACAGUAACGGCCGGGACGGCCUUGAAGCGUCGCUUCCGGCAGUCUUCCUGGCCCUCGAUAAGCAGAGCGAGCAUCUCCUCCAGGAAAGCCCGUCACCUCGUUACUACAACUUCUAUACCGACGCCAACGUCGGCGAGGCGAAGAAGCUCGUUACUCUUGUCCACCGCGUGCAGAAGCGUUUCCGCCAGAUCCAAGAAGUCUGGCCUGAGCAUGCUACCUUGGCUGAUGUUCUUCGGGAAUCCGACGAACUGCUCGCUUUCCGCCACGUCGAGCCCGUCGCCAAGUUCCUCACCAAGGGAGAAAAGCUCCACGCUUUCAUCUACCAGUGGCAGCAGGUUGCGAGCAGGGAGUAUAGCGCGGCGCUGUUGUAUGAUGACGUCACAAACCUGCUUGUUAGCUGGCGUCAGCUCGAGCUCACGACGUGGGCGCGCCUCUUUGACAUUGAGGUCGAGAAGGCGAAGGAUGACGCGAAGGCCUGGUUCUUCGUUGCCUACCAGACCGUCAUCGCGGCGACUGAAUCGCUCGGCUCCGGAGCCGCCAUGGAGGACCACGCCCAGGAGCUUCUCGGGAUCCUAGAGCAGUUCGCCUUGUCUACGACGGCCGGUCAAUACCACGAACGCAUCAGGCUGCUUGAGCAGUUCAGAGAGCAGCUAGCGCUGAGAGAAGUGGACGAGCCGUCGGUCAGACCCGUCCGCACCUCUCUCGACAACUUCAUCCGCUACUUCGCGCGCUUCGCCCAGCCGGUGCGCGAGGUCAUCACCAAAGGCCGCGCCACGCUGGAGAAGGACAUGAAGAGCGUGCUCAAGGUCGCCAGCUGGAAGGACCGCAACAUCGACGCCCUGCGGCAGAGCGCGAAGAAGUCGCACAAGAAGCUCUUCCGCGUCGUGCGCAAGUUCCGCGACAUCCUCAACAAGCCCGUCGACGCCGUGCUGAGGCAGGACCUCCCCGAGCCGGCGAAGUCCACCCUUGCGGUCGCUUUGAUCGCGGCGAAACCGGUCGAUGCGACGGUUGAUGCGGCUGGGCUGCUGGCUUGCGAACAGUACGUGCCUGGCUGGUCGACCCGGCCCUCCAGAUUCAGGGACCUCUCCACCACUGUCCGGCUCAUGCAUAGGAUGUCCCAGCCAGCAGCCCGUAAGAACGGCGGCGGCGGUGGCGGCGGCGGAGCCUCAACCAACAGCGGCGCCGUCUACAUCCAAGACUUCCUGGCCAGCCUCGAGGGCUCGAUCGCGGAGCUGCAAAAGGCGACGCCGGCAACGCUGACGGCCGACAACAAGAACGAGGUCAAGCACCUCAAGUCACGCAAGCGCAAGCUGUUCGCCGACACGCUCAAGGAGCUGCGCGAGAUGGGCUUCCGCAGCCACGUCGGCGGCGAUGUGCUGGAGAAGCAGGACGGCUUGGCCAAGGUGCUGACGCGCCUGCCCACGCUGCCGCCGUUGUCGUCGUCCAACCUUGACACUGAUAACGGCGUGGUGGCGAGGGGAGCGGAGGAGUAUCUGCACAAGACGUUCAACCUCAUGCAGCAGGUACGCGACGUGGCGAGGGAGCAUUCGGGCGACCUGACGAAUGCGGAUGUCGCGAGGUGCAUCGGCAGCUUCGAGAGCAUGCUGCAUGCCACGCUCAAGCAGCGGGAGGUGGUCGCGAAGGUGCUGGAGGAAGAGGAGGCGCUGGAGCGCGCCGUGGAGCAGGUCAAGGCUCUGGCGUCGGCGUCGUCGUCGGCCGCGGACGUCAUGCCCGGCGAUGUGUCGGAGCGCCAUGGCGGCUUGCCGUGGAUCUCGCCCAUGCUGAGGGUCGCGGCGCACGUCGUCAACGCGCAGGCAAGGUUGGGAAAGCUGAGCUUCACCGACGUCGUGGAAGGCCUGCUGUCGAGAGCACAGCUGCUCGAGGGACUGGUCAAGGACAUCGAUGGGCUUCCGGCCCUGCCGAAGGGUCUCUCUUCCGCCGCUCACGAGCAGCUGGCGAGCCGUGUCAACGGCAUCGUCGAACAACUCAAGCAGGACAUCGCCAGGUGGCGCGAGCAGCAUCCCGCUCUGGAGGCCACUCUCAAGCAACUACUCCCUUGGCUGCAUCUCACCAACACCGAUGCCAACGGCGCCACCAUCACCGAAAACGCCCGUCAAGACACCACCACCACCGCCGUCGCCACCUUCUCCAUCGCCGACCUCACCACCAACCUCUUCUCCACCCUCGACGCCAUCCUCGGCUCCAUCCAAGACGUCGAAAAGACCCACGCCGCCCUACCCACCUUCGACACCACGCCAGACGAAGAAUCGCCCCUCUCGCCGCCUUCAUCCCCCUCCUGGCUCGCCGCCGAGACAGCCGCCCUCGCCGCCGCCUGCAAGGCCCUGCACGCGCCGCGCGUCACAUCCGCCCUGCACGGCAGCGUCCUCAACCCCCUCCGCAACCUGCCAUCAUCCGCAGCAGCGGGGCAGCCAGACGACAGCAACAACAACGCCUUACACGCCGCAUGCGCCCUCCUCGCCUCCCUCGCGCCCCUCGUGUCGCAAUACCGCGCCGCGGUCGCGGGGGCGCGCGCGCGCUUCGCCGCGUGCCACGCCGCGCAGGCGCGCCUCGCGUACCGCCUCGCCAAGGCUUUCCUGGUCGUCGGCGCCCGCGGGUUCUGCACGCCGUCGGAGAAGGAUGGCGAGGAAGGCGGGAAAGGAGACGAUGACGACAAGCUCGAGGGCGGGACGGGGCUGGGCGAGGGCGAGGGCGCGGAGGAUAUCAGCAAGGAUGUUGGUGAGGAUGAGGACUUGACGGAGUUGGCGAGGGAGCAGAACGAUGAGGAAAAGGAUAAGGAGGAGAAGGAGGAUGAGGAGGGGGCGGUGGAUAUGGGGGAGGAGGAGAUGGAGGGGCAGCUUGGGGAGCAGCGGAGUGAGGAUGAGGGCGGGGAGGAGGAUAGUGGGAACGAAGAGAGCGAGGAUGAGAUGGAUGAAGAGGCGGGGGAGGUGGACGAUUUGGGGCCGAGCGCGGUGGAUGAGAAGAUGUGGGAUGAUGGCGGGGGCGAGGACGAGCAGGACAAGGAUAGAGAGGGGAAGGACGAGUUUGGGAGUAGGGAUGAGGAUGAGUUGGCGGGGGCGAAGGACGAUGAGCAGAAGCAGGAGCAGCAGCAGCAACAGAAGGAGGAGAAGGAGGGUGAGAUGGGUGAGGAGGAGGACGAGAACGAUCCGGAGGAGGGUGCGCAGGAGGAAGAGAAGAUUGGUGGGCCUGACGAGCAGGAGCCGGUCGACCCGCACAUGCAGGAGGGCGAGACGCUGGAUCUGCCCGACGAUCUGAACAUGGAGGACGAUCAGAAGUCGCAGGGAGAGGAAGAGGACCUCGGCGAUAUGGAAGACGACUUGGGCGAUGCGAUGGAUGAGGAUGAGACGGCGCCGCCCGAGGACGGCGAGGGGGAUGCGGAGGAAGAGGCGCCCGUCGAUCUCGAUCAGAAGCCAGAAGAGGUGGAUGAGAUGGCGGAUGAUGAGAAGGAAGAUCAGGCGGCCGACCCCGAGGAGCGGGAGCAGCAGGAGCAGGUCGAUGAGGGCGAGCUCAAGGGCGCCGAUGACAACAACGCCCAGGACGACAAGGCGGACAACGACGAUGCUGCCGAGACUGGUUUGGGCAUGGACGCGCACGAAGACAAGAACAACGACGACAAGGACCAAGCCAGCGGCGCUCGGCGCGAGGAUGGCGCCGAGGGCGAGGCGCCCGAGGAGCAGCAGCAAGACACGAAGGAGCAGGGCGCUCGCGGCAAGGCAUCGCAGCAAGAUGCCGUCGGCCGGGACGAGGAGAUGCAGGAGCAGUCUGCCGAGAGCCAGCCGUUCAAGAAGCUAGGCGACAUGCUCGAGAAGUGGUACAACCAGCAGCGGCAGAUCCAGAACGCGUCCGAGAAGCAAGACGAACAGCAGCAACAGCAGCAACAGGACAAGGACGUCGACAUGGCGGACGCGGACUUUGAGCACCUGCAGGACGACGAAGCCGAGGCCGACACGCAGGCGCUGGGCGCUGCCGAGGAAGACCAGGCGCGCGCGCUCGACAGGGAAAUGGCGCAGGAUGUCAACGACAAGGCCGAGCUCCCUGAAAACCUCCCGGCCGAGGCGGAGGACGACAACAGGGAGCAGCUGGAGGACGUGCCGAUGGAAGACGUGGACCCCGACCAGCGCGACGCACCCGCCCAAGACCAAGACCAAGACCAGGACACCAGCGGCCAGCCCAACGCCUUCAUCGGCGAACCGGGCUCCCACGCGCGCGAAGACUCGCUCCAACCCCCCGACCUCUCCGACUCGGACUCGGACGUCGACGAAGUCGACCGCCAACUCUCAUCGGCGGCCAUCACCGACGACGACGACUCAUUCCCCCGCUCCCUCGACUCAGCCCGCGCCCUCUGGCACCACCACGAAGCCGCGACCCGCGCGCUCGCCCAAGGCCUCACCGAGCAGCUCCGGCUCAUCCUCGCGCCCACGCUCGCGACCAAGAUGCGCGGCGGCCACCGCACGGGCAAGCGCCUCAACAUGAAGGCCAUCAUCCCCUACAUCGCGUCGCAGUACAAGCGCGACAAGAUCUGGCUGCGCCGCUCGCUGCCCUCCAAGCGCGCCUACCAGAUCGCCCUCUGCCUCGACGACUCCAAGUCCAUGGCCGACCCGCGCGUCAGCGCCCUCGCCUUCGACGCCCUCGCCCUCGUGUCCAAGGCCCUCGCCACCCUCGAGGCCGGCGACGUCAGCGUCCUGCGCUUCGGCAGCGACGUCGUCGUCGCCCACCCGUUCGACGCCCCGCCCUUCGCCGGCGCCGGCGCCGAGUCCGGCGUCGACGUCUUCCGCCGCUUCGGCUUCGCGCAGGACCGAACGGACGUGCGCGCGCUCGUCGAGCGCGUGAUUGAAGUCUUUGCGGAGGCUCGCGCCCGAAGGCAGAGCGCGGCCGCGAAGGAGUUGUGGCAGCUCGCUGUUGUCAUUUCGGACGGCGUGUGCGACGGCCAUGCGGAGGUGGCGCGGUUGGUGAGGAAGGCGCAGGAGGAGCGCAUCAUGAUCGUUUUUGUGGUCGUGGAUGGGGGGGCUGCGGGGGCUGGUGCUGCUGCUGCGGGAGCUGGGGCUAGUGGUGGGACUGAUGGUGCUGGUGGUGUCGCCGCUGAUGACAACAAGCGGAAUAGCGUUUUGGAUCUGCUGGACGUCAGUUUCGUCGACGGCAAGGUCGUCAAGAGGAGGUACAUGGACUCGUUCCCGUUUAGGUGGUACGUGGUCGUUAGGGAUGUGCGUGAGUUGCCCGGCGUGCUGGCGACGGCGUUGAGGCAGUGGUUUGCGGAGGUGGUGGAUACGGCGGGGGGUUAG